GAAACCUGCUGGACAUGGACACUUUCUCCAAAUCUGACCCAGUGGUGGUCCUCUUCGUGCAGGGCUCGGGGAGCAGUGAGUGGAAGGAGGUGAGAGCAACCCCUCUUGCCGGGUUCCUGAGGAGGUUCACAGCCCUGUGUUGGGGGUGCUGCUGCCCCCUGUGCCCCCAUUCCUGGCUAAUCCCCAGCUGGGUUAAGCGGGCCCAUAUGGCCACCCGCAUCCAUGCUAAUGAUCCCUCUGCGUCCACGCUAAUGAUCCGGCCCCGCUGGCAGCACUAAUCCCCUGUUGGGAUUAUUGCCGGGGCAGCUGUGAUGGGGAGGAGUCGGGGGGGGGGCCACCCUUACCCCUCUCCCUGCAGUUUGGGCGCACCGAAGUGAUCGACAACACCCUGAACCCUGACUUCGUCCGCAAGUUUGUCCUCGACUACUACUUCGAGGAGAAGCAAAACCUCCGCUUCGACGUGUGAGUGGGGCAGACAGGGAAGGGCUCGGCCCCAGCUCAGGGUGGAACAAAGGGUUGAGUUGGUAAUAAAUAAUGAUAAUAAAUAAGGAUAAUAAAUGAGGAUACGGCAGCAAAAAGCACAGAGGAUGGGGGAAGCAGGGCUGCGUGCCAGGGCAGCCCCACAGGCACAGGCUCAGGGCUCUGCUCUCCCGUCACCAGCUACAACGUGGACUCCAAGAGCUGCUCCAUUUUAAAGCAGGUACCCCCAGAACCAGGGGACUCUAACCUGCUCUCCAUCUCUCCAUGCCCUGCGGGGACUGGCAGAAGGACUUCCUGGGGCAGGCGUUCGUAGCACUAGGGGAGGUGAUCGGGUCCCAGCGGGGCCGCCUGGAGAGAGCUCUCACGGGGGUCCCAGGGAAGCGGUGCGGGACCAUCCUGCUGCUGGCAGAGGAGUUGAGCAACUGCCGGGAUAUUGUCACAAUGCAGCUGUGUGCCAACAAGCUGGACAAGAAGGACUUCUUUGGAAAAUCCGACCCCUUUCUCGUCUUCUACCGCAGCAACGAGGACGGCACCUUCACCAUCUGCCAUAAGACGGAGGUGGUGAAGAACACACUCAACCCAGUGUGGCAGCCCUUCACCAUCCCCGUGCGCGCCCUCUGCAAUGGUGACUAUGACCGGACGGUGAAGAUAGACGUGUACGACUGGGACCGGGAUGGGAGCCACGACUUCAUCGGAGAGUUUGCCACCAGCUACCGGGAGCUCUCCCGGGCACAGAGCCAGUUCACAGUGUACGAGGUGCUGAACCCCAGAAAGAAAUGCAAGAAGAAGAAAUAUGUGAACUCCGGCACUGUGACGCUGCUCUCCUUCUCCGUCGAGUCCGAGUUCACCUUCGUGGACUACAUCCGGGGCGGGACACAGCUGAAUUUCACCGUUGCCAUCGACUUCACGGCCUCCAACGGGAUGCCAUCGCAGCCCACCUCACUGCACUACGCAAGCCCCUACCAGCUGAGCGCCUACGCCCUGGCGCUCAAGGCGGUGGGGGAGAUCAUCCAGGACUACGACAGCGACAAGCUCUUCCCCGCCUACGGCUUCGGCGCCAAACUCCCACCCGACGGCAAGAUCUCCCACCAGUUCCCCUUGAACAACAAUGCGGACAACCCCAGCUGUGCCGGCAUCGAGGGCGUGCUGGAGUCCUACCUCCAGAGCCUGCGCACCGUCCAGCUCUAUGGUCCCACCAACUUUGCCCCUGUCAUCAACCAGGUGGCUGGGGCGGCUGCCCAAGUGACCGACGGCUCGCAGUACCACGUCCUCCUCAUCAUCACUGACGGUGUCAUCUCCGACAUGCUGCAGACCAAGGAAGCCAUCGUCACCGCUUCCGCCUUGCCCAUGUCCAUCAUCAUCGUGGGAGUGGGUCCAGCUGAGUUUGAGGCCAUGGAGGAGCUGGAUGGUGAUGAGGUACGGGUGUCUUCCCGGGGACGCUACGCCGAGAGGGACAUCGUACAGUUUGUGCCUUUUCGGGAUUAUGUGGACGACUCGGGAAACCAGGUGCUGAGCAUGGCCCGCCUGGCCAAGGAUGUGCUGGCUGAGAUCCCCGAGCAGCUGCUCUCCUACAUGAAGACCCAUGACAUCAAGCCUUGCCGGGCAGACCCCCAGUAGCUCCUCCAUGGGCCAUGGGGCCAGCUGGUGGGGCAAGAACAUGUGUCAUCCUUCUUCUGCCGCUGGUCAGGGCUUAGCCAUCGAGAUGUGGCCCCCCAAGGCCAAUAAUCAGCUGCUGUGGCUGGUGAAUGGGGCUGGGACCCUCCUCUUCUGUCAGUGAGACCACGGGGCUGGAUGUCCCCAGCCACCCUCUGCUCCUGCCUGGCCAGCAGCGAUGCCCCAGCACAGCGAGGCCAGCUCGGACUGUACCAUCCCUCAGCGCAGCCAGGGCCAGUGCCUGGGUAGACGCUGUUGGGGGGCCACAGUGUGUCCCCCGCUGGGAGGGCAGCCUGGCUCCCUUCCUGGGGAGGGGGCUGCCCCUGGGGCUGGGUGCACGCCGGGGGUCCCAGCCCCACCAGCUCCUCGGGGCAGGGGGUCUCACCCCGCUCCUGCCUGCGCCCCAUUCCUGCCUGCGCCCCGCUCCUGCCUGCGCCCCACCGCUCAGCCAAGCACCAGCACCCCGAUCCUCCAGCUCUGGUGCCCCGGCGCUAGCCCCAGCCCCACAGCUGAGGGGUGCACACUGCUGAGCCCCAAAGCUAUGGGGUGCCACAGCCCGCGUCCCACAGCAGGGGGGUGCGCAGGGCUGAGCCCCACAGCUAUGGGGUGCUGCAGGGCCCUGGCCCUGGCCCGCAGUCGGGGGGUGCCGGGGGGGCCCAGCGGGGGUCAGGCGGGUCUGUACCGCGUUACCGACUGUAAAUAAACCGCUCCA